AUUAAUGAACGGAAAAAAACAAUAGUAAUCGGCUAUUUAUUUAUUUAAAGUAGAAAUGGACGAAAGCGUUAUAGAAAUUAACGAUUCAAUAAUAACAAUUGGGAGCGAGGCCGAUUUGGAAGAUGGGGAAGUGCAGGAAAUAUCCACAGAGCAGAUAAACAAUGCCGCCAAUUUGCAGCAACCCCCAAUCAAAGAACCAAGCGAAGCAACGAAUGACCAGCAGAACUCAAAUACAACUGAAGAAGACUUGGUAUUCGAAGUGAGAUUUAAAAAUGUGGACGAAUAUGACAGGCUGCAAGAGCGUCUGCUCCAAGCGCUGCAGUCGACUUUUGCCGCGGAGAAAUUUGAGUACAAAACAACGGAGCAGAGGAUUACCGUGCACUCCCAAUCGAAAUCUCCAGCACCGGACAAUGAUCUAUUUAUGAUAGACACGGCGCCGACGUGCAAGCUAAAUGCCGCCCAAGUGCCUUCAUACAAACGCUGUCAUGGCGAGGUGCUCGACGAGGAGACCUUCGAAAGAAAAAAACGAAAACUGGAUGAGGUUAACAAAUGCUUCCGCCCUAAAGCGCAAUCCGCUUGCUUUAAUUGCGGUGGCACAGAUCAUUCGCUGCGUGAGUGCACGCGGCCGCGCAAUCAGGCGCGCAUUCAGCGGGCACGCAAGAAGAAGGUGGAGCGGUAUCACGUGGAUACGGAGCAACGUUUCGCGCACAUUCGACCUGGAAAGAUUAGCAGCAAGACGCGCCAUGCCAUGGGCUUUAGCCGCGGAGAGUUGCCAUUCAUGUUCUAUCGCAUGCGUGUGCUGGGCUAUCCGCCCGCCUGGCUGGAGGAGGCAAAGGUUCAAAGCUCUGGCAUAUCGCUCUUCAAUGCGGAUGGCAGCGAGGUGCAGGCACCAGAGCAAGAGGAAGGCGAAUCCGAAAGCUUUAAAUAUGAUGUCAAUAAAAUAAUCGACUUUCCGGGCUUCAAUGUGCAUCCAGGUGCCAAGUUCUAUGAUGAUUACCAGCAUCACAACGUGCCACGCUUUCAGCAGCAUCAGCUAAAAGAAAACUUUAUCAAGUCGCUGGGCGAGAAUGUGACGAAAGGCUAUAAACGCAAGAAAUUGAUAGACCUGCCGGCGUCACAUGAUACUAGUCUCAAAGACCGUGAGAAUGACACAAAUCUCGUAGAACACGAUAUGGAWCUGGAUGAUGAUGAUGAGCUGGAGCAGUCUGAAGAGCAGCCAUCUUUGCCUUUUGCAGACGCCACUGAAACUGCACCGCCGGCCAAAGAGGAGCCGAGCAAGCGCAGUCCAUCGCCCACGUUGGACGAUCUGCAAGCGCAGCAGGCGAAACUUUUACAGCAACUGGACGCCAAUACCUCCCUCAACACAAGUGAAGUGGAGACCAAGGCCGCUCCAGAUGCCGAAGUUAAUGAAAAAAGCCAAGAAAUUCCAUUGAAGCCCGCCGCUUCUAGUCAAACUGCAAUUUUCAAAGCCCCAUCCAUAGCGGGCACGCCCAUAUUGAAGUUCUCCGUGUACGACAAGCUGCCCGUGGGCGACAACUUCAAGGUGGGCGUCAGCGAUGUUAUCAACUUUGAGAAUCUGCCCGAUUCCACGGGCAAAUAUGAGCAAAUGAAAGGAGUGCUCAAGAAUGUGCGGCGCAAAAUGGAAGAGCUGCAAAACAAUGAGGAUUAAGCAAUAAGCAAGCAUUUU